AUGUCCUCCGCGAUCUCCCUCAACUUCCCCCAGCGUUUGCACAUCGCAGGAGAGGUGCUGUCCGGCUCCGUCAACCUCGAUCUCGCGGCCGCGCAGGAGGAUGACAUCGAGAACAUCAUCGUCAAGUUCAGGGGUUCGAUCCAGACUAUGAUUAGGCGUACGAUCGGCCAGGAGACGAGAGUCUACCGCUCGAACACGUCCGUGCUCAACACGGACAUACCUCUAUGGCAGCGCGGCCAGCCUGGGAGCGGCACGAUAACCCUCCCGUUCAACUUCCAGCUCCUGCCCAACCUCCCGCCGUCGUACCACGUCAUGCGCUUCGACAAGCAGGGCACUAUCACGUACUACCUCGAGGUCGUCGGCGAGAGGCCCGGCUUGCACUUCAACCGCCGCAUUCGAUCCGUCAUCGCGCUCAUACCCGGCGGAUGGCCCGCGAACGUGCAGAUACGUCAGGGCCUGCUCAGCGGCUGGGGCCCCAACAUGCCGUGGAAGGCGCAUACGCAUAUGGAUUCCAUACGCCAGGGUAUAUGGGGAGACCACUCGCAAGUCCGAGUUGAGCUCCGCCUGCCGGACAUCGCUGCCUUCCCGUACGGCACGCCCAUCCCCGUCCGCCUCGACGUCGUGACGACCACCAAGCCGCUCAAGCAAGACGACAUUCCGGACGAGAACGACGACAAGGCGCUCUUUCCCGCCCCGCCCACGGCUCCCGCCUUGAUCACGUUCCGCGUCGACCGCCACACCCAGCUCGCCGCGAGACACGUCCUCGGCACCACGCGCGAGACGGUCUCGGACGAGUUCGACAACUUGGCCGGGUUCGGGGAGGACGACCCGAGCGGGGGCAGCGUGCGCUGCUGGCAGGACCCACCGAUCUGGGCCGCGGCUCCGAAAGAGGAGCAUCAUCACCGCUCGCUCUUCCACCACCGCGACAAGGAGGGAGGGGACGAGAAGCGGGUCUGCACGCGCGCGACGCAUUUCGAGACGGUCGUCCAGUUCACGUUUCCACCCAACUUCCAGACGGAGCACAUCACGACGACGCAUACCUUGCAUGUAUGCGUCCCGUUCCCUGGCAUCGGUAACGACUUGAAGCUCGAUAUACCCAUCAACAUCGUGUCCGGAUACGUGCCGCAAACGCAGCCGAUGCAGCAAUAUCAGCCAGCGGCCGCGAUGAAUCUGCCUCCUGCGUACUGGUCUGCGGAGGACCACGAGUUCGACGAAAAGGAUUAG